AUGUAUCUUGCUAAUAUCACAAGACCUGACAUUGCAUUUGCUGUAAAUCUAUUAGCCAGAAAACAAUCGAAUGCCACUAUAGAAAAUUGGAUUGAUGUAAAAAGGAUCAUGAGAUAUCUUAGAGGAAGUUCUGAUCUAGGACUAACAUAUAGAGGUGUUACUGAAAACUUAGAAAUUUUUACAGAUGCAAGCUUUAGAGACAAUGCAGACUCAUCCUCAACAAGUGGAAUGGUUGCUCGAUUAUUCGGAGACUCCAUUAUGUGGAGAAGCCACAAACAAACUGUAAUUAAUCUCUCGACCUGUCAUGCGGAAUAUUACGCAAUGAGCGAAGCAUGUCAGGAAAUGAUUUCAUUAGAUAAAGCUCUUAGAGACAUAUUAGGAAUAAUUAUGUAUCCUAUAAUUAUAAGAUGCGAUAAUAAAUUCUCAAUCAGCUGUACACAAAAAGAAGGAAAUCAUAAAUUAAAGAACUUUGAUGAUUCUAUUGAUGAAAUUAUCAUUAACUUAGAGAAUAGAGAGAAAACAGGAAUUAAAAAUAAAUUAUCUAAAGUACAUGGAGAUUACAUUAAGCAGUGCGUAACUGAAGGAAAAGUUAAAUUGAUUUGGAUACCAUCUAAAGAAAACCUAGCAGAUAUAUUUACAAAGCUUCUUCCUUUCGAUUCUUUUAGAGCUCUUAGAGAUAAUAUAUUUAACUAUUGUAUAUGCUCAAUAUAA